AUGCCUCGAGGCGGAGGGCGGAGAGGCGACUCUUCAGCUGAGCCGGAAGCUCUCCAUGAGCUCGGAGUUCGAGGCCGGAAAACCGGCGCUUUCUUGAAAGACACGGGCGAGCGCGAUGAGCAUGGCAUGCAGCCUCUGGAUGCCAUUUUCUCGUCGCCCGCAGUCACUCGCGGGGACGAAUCCGGAAGCGAGGACAUGGAGAUAUCAUCAAGUGCUGGACCAGGGCCAAGAACAGUCCUCAAGAACCGGCGCAGCAUCGAAAUUGCAAACGAACGAUCAUCCUCUCCCACGCGCAAUCCUAGCGCCGAAAAGGCAGCCCGAAGGCUUAACUUUGCCAGCAAGGCCGGAAACAAAGCAGCGAAGACGAAUGGGAAACAAAAGGCGACGGCGCUGAAUGGAUUUUCACGGCACGGAGACGAUUCGGAAUCGGAGGAGCUGGACGAUGUCAUGGGCGCGACCGGAAACAGGGCGACGAUUGAUGCUGAGGAAUCUAUACUGAUGGUCGAUUCGAUACCAAACGAUUCACCGAGGCCCACCAAAAAAGCUGCACAGAGACAAUAUGGCGAUUCAUCGCCGCAGAAGAAGCGCGGAAAGCAGACCAAGGCGCCAGCGCAGGCAAAGCCUAAAGCAGCUCCUCGAGCUCCCGUAAGAGAGCCUUCAGAAGAGCUAGAUGCUGAAGAACCAGAAGAGGAGCCCGAAGAAGAAGAGUUGGGGCAGGAGGAAGAGGAAGAAGAGGAGGAGGAGUUGCCGAGUGUCAAGCAAAAGGGGCGGUCAAACAAGGAAUCGAAACGCCGCGUGGAAGCACCAUCAUCAUCCCAGACAUCGAAGAAGCGAGGACCGCCGCGAAAGUCUCUCCGUGAAGAUACGCCAGAAGAAGCACAAGAGCAGUCAGAGGAAGAGCCGCAGGAGGAGGAUGAAGAUGAAGAGGAGCUUGUGCCCCGGAAGAAGCAGAAAACUACCGGACCCUCAAAAGCCCAGCCGAAAGCAAAGCCUUCGAAUAAGGGGAAAGCUCCUGCUCGCGGUGGAAUUGUUGUACCGACUAAGGGCCGGCCUGGGAGGAAGCCCAGGGACGCGGAUGCCGAGGAUGGGGAUGUGGGAGAGACGUCGUUUGCGGCUCUGCAGCGUGGUCCACCUAUGCCAAAAUCUCGUGGUUUGGUAUCCAUGCGCAAGGACUUGGACAGCAUAACGCAGACGAGGUCCGGGCGACAUUCUUACCGGCCUAUCCAGUAUUGGAGAGGCGAGCAGGUGGUCCGGGAGGAUGAGGAGCAAGCUGAUAUGUUUGCAAAGGAUCGAUUCGUCAUGCCAAGCAUCAAGGAAGUUGUGCGUGUGCCUGAGGAGGAGGUGUCCAGCAGAGUGGCUCCAUCACGAGGCAAAGGGCGGCCCAAACCGAAGAAGGCCGUGGUGGAAGAAGACUAUGAGGCAUGGGAGAUCAACCCAGGCACUGUCGAGGGCGAAAUCGUGAUAUGGGAGACGGAGCAUGAAGAACACCCUCCAGCAGACGACGAGCCCGUCCAGGUAACGGACGAGCGCAUCGCCCUAUCGGCCAAGGCGGUGCAGACAUCGGAGAUUCGCGAUGCGACGUUCCGGUUCGCAAAGACGCUGACGAUGCCGUUUAUGGGUGCCGGUGUGGUUGAUCUGCCUCCUGGUGGCGAGAAACGGCCCAAGAAUUCACGGAAGAUGCACAUGGUCUUUUUCGUGCACACGGGAAAAGUCAUGGUGACGAUCAACGAGGCACAGUUUCGCAUAUCCGCGGGCGGUAUGUGGUUUGUGCCGAGAGGCAACUAUUACAGCAUCACAAACGACUACGACAAUCCCAGUCGAGUCUUCUUCUGCCAGGCCUGCGAGAUAUCACCCACGCAAUAUGAAGCUUCGCAGAUGAGCAUCGCAGCAUAA